UCAACCGCUGGGUUUUUGGUUGUCAAAAAGCCACGACUUCUGCUUUUUCUUCAACUGAUUCUUCCCAGUCAAUACUCACUUAUUAAUCUAAUUUCUGAAUAAUUCUGCCCGAGUGAUCUCACUAUAAUUGCCAAUGGACGCUCUCAAUUACAUUUUUGUGACAAAUCCCUUAAGCAAAGGCGUCUGGUCAGGAUUGGAUCAAGUGGCAAAAAGUGUGAUUCUCACACAAUUAUCACAGGGAUUGAAGCCCAAGGUGACUCAGGUGAAAUCCAUGGCCACACAAAUGUCCUCAGUGAGUCCUCUGUGGAAGUUGGCCGGGAAAAAUCUCUACAUUGUCCGCCUGGCGGGAAUCAGUGGAGCUGGGGCUGUCGUUCUGGGGGCAUAUGGGGCUCAUAGAGAUUGGGAGACACAGAAUGGUCUGAAGGAAGCUGAGCAGGCUAGGAAAACCUUUGACACUGCCAAUCGUUAUCAUUUUUUGCAUACGAUUGCGCUGCUGUCGAUACCAAUCGUCAGGCGACCGGCUUUGACCGCUUCCCUAUUUCUGGCCGGAAUGAGCCUCUUCUGCGGGACCUUGUACUACCGUUCACUCACGGGAAAUCAACGUUUUAAGCAUCUGGCGCCAAUUGGAGGCUCCUGCCUGAUUCUAGGCUGGCUGUCAAUAAUGUUCUAGAGAGAUAUACGGACGUAGAAGUGCCGAGGAAAGAGGAAUGCACCAAGUGGGAAUCCAGGGACAACACUCCACAAUGUUUGAACAAAAAAGUUUAUUCAUGAAAUAAAAUUGCAAAGUUUUUUUUUCUUUUUUCAUUCGGAUAUUGAAAUUUUGAUAUCAUCCUUAAUUCUUUUUUUUAUAAUGUAAUAAUAUUACGUAGAUUUAGAUUAGUAAAACGAGAUCAAAGCUCGAAUUUAUAUCAA